AUGUUUGUGGAGCUGCAACCAGCGCACGGGUUCGUCCCACUGCUCAUUGUGGGGCUAUUGUUUGUAAACUUGUGGGCUGGAAUCCUAGUCGGCAAAGCUCGCAAACGUUACGGCAUCGAGUACCCGCAGAUGUAUGCCGAAAAGAGCGACAAGAAUGCAAAGGCGUUCAAUUGUGUACAGCGUGGCCACCAGAAUAUUCUGGAAAACAUUCCGAUCUUUCUCGCUCUACUUUUCACGUCAUCAAUCUACCGUCCACAGAUUGCUGCCACGGCUGGACUUUUCCGCAUCCUCGGCUUCAUCAUGUACAUGCGCGGCUACGCAUCGGGUGACCCAAAAAAGCGAAUGCGAGGGGGAUUUGGAUAUCUUGCCAUGUUGGUGAAUGCUGGCUUGAGUAUCGAGGCAGGCUUGCACAUCCUUGGACUUCUCUGA